CGCCAACUGAAGUCUGCAGUCCUACGCUGGCCUGGCUGCGCGUCUGGGUUCGGCUGGCUGACCUCGGUUCGACUCGGUUCGGCGGGCGGACUUUGGCAGGGCGGAUAAAAUUAGUGGCUUUAUAUGUUCCAUCAUCUGAUACUCAGUUCUGGCUUAAAGGUGGUAUAGUAAGAAGCUUGCCUAAUUGAAGCAGCUGUGAUUAUACUGCAUACUGGAAGUAGAACCUGGAGGUGAGAUUUUCCUGCUCAAGUAGUCUUGAUGGCACAGAGAAGAAGGUCCUAUAGUAUAGGGGAAGCCAUGGAAGAACUCAUGGGGCCUGAUAGACAAAAAUGGGCCAAAAUGGAUCCAGAAGAACGAAUGCUAGCAGCUGCUACGGCGUUUACUCAUAUUUGUGCAGGGCAGGGUGAGGGAGAUGUCAGGAGAGAAGCUCAAUAUGAUCCCUACAGUAAAGCUUCAGUAACCCCUGGGACACAAUCUACUCUUCCUGUGCAACCACAGUACCCACACAUGGAGAGCAGUGCCACUUCAGGAACCAUGUCAGAGGCUUCCCAAAGACUCCGAAAGCCAGUGAUGAAGAGAAAGGUGUUGCGUAGGAAGGCAGAUGGGGAAGUGUUAGUGACAGAUGAGUCAAUUAUCAGUGAGUCAGAGUCUGGUACAGAAAGUGAUAUGGAUCUCUGGGACUUAAGACAAAGGCUGAUGAGUCUGCAGUUUCAGGAAGACAGGGAAUCCCCAGUUGACAACUCACAAAAAUUUCACCUACCAUGUGAAUACGAAGGUAUUUCUCAAGAGCAGCUCAUUUGCUACCUACAAAGAGAAGGAAUGGGCCCCCCAGCUUACGAACAAGACCUCAUCGUUGCCAGCCGACCCAAGUCUUUUAUUCUCCCAAGGCUGGACCAAUUAAGCCGAAACCGCGGCAAGGUAGACCGUGUAGCCCGAUACUUUGAGUACAAACGAGACUGGGACUCAAUGCGGUUACCUGGUGAAGAUCACAGGAAGGAAUUACGCUGGGGGGUCCGAGAGCAGAUGCUUUGUCGAGAACCCCAAUCAAAACCUCAUCACAUAUAUGUUCCAAACAAUUACCUAGUGCCAACUGAGAAGAAAAGAUCUGCACUUCGUUGGGGUGUUCGUUGUGACCUCGCAAAUGGUGUGAUGCCCCGGAAGCUUCCCUUUCCUCUUUCUCCUUCUUAAAUUUUUCCUCCCCCGUACCUGUCUCUCCUUCAGCAGUUUUGUUUGGAAUAAUCUGAUCCUUUAUAUCUCACCUUUUAUUUAAAUAGAACACAGAAGCCUGUGGAACAUUAUAAAGACUCAUUGUUGGUCUUUGUAGGUAUAUGUCACAUUGGGAUCAGAGACCUCAACUUCCAAAAGCCACUCUCAAAUCCAGCAAUUGCAGGAGAAAUGGUGUCAGAGAAAGGAAAAUAGACCGGUUAAAUUUUGCCAGAUUAGUAAGCAAAAUCAGUUAGUUACUGUUCCAGUUCUGUAACCUUUUUACAUUGGCCAGUAUGGGUUGCUGUUUUUAUUGUGUAUUUUAAAGUUGCUGGGCAUUAAGCUUAUCCAUUAAAGGAUUUUGUAAAUUCAUAAGCUUGACCUUAUUUUAGCUUAAAUACUUCCCCAUGGGAUUAUGAUGAUCUCAAAACAAGGUUCUGACUCUGCUUCCAAUCAUACUUUGUUUCAUACUCUAUCCACCUAAAUACUGAAAGCCAAAGGGA